GCCUUCCCUGUGGGCCGGAGGCAAAUCCCCUCCCUGUCCUUCUUCCUUCCUGCCCCAGGCCCCGAGCUGAGGACGGAGAGCCCGGAGGACAAAUCCCCCCGGCAGAGCCUGGUGGGAGAGGCCGUUUUGAAGGGCUCCACGGCGCAGGAAGGCAGCGGGGAGGGAAAGCCACAAAGGUACCCCAGAAGGAGGGGCUCCAAAGCCAGCCCAGGGUGCUCUGAGGAGGAAAGACUCAGCCUGUGCCAGGAAGGCAGCUGGAGCUUGAUCCGAUGCCCUGACCUGGAGGUCCAUGUUCAGUUUCGCCCCAGGGAGAAGCCCUACAAGUGCUUGCAAUGUACAAAGAAUUUCAGCCACGUCUCCCACCUCUUCUACCACCAAAGCGUACACACAGAGGAGGAACCAUACAAAUGCGUGAAAUUAUUGAAGAACUUUGGCCUGAGCUCCAAGCUUAGCACUCAGCAAUCCCUGCACACUGGGAAACAGCCCUGCAAGUGCUUGGACUGUGGGAAGAGCUUCACUUGUAGCUCCGCUCUUGUUGCCCACCAGCACCUGCACACAGGGGAGAAGCCCUACAAGUGUCAGAAAUGUGGGAAGAGCUUUGGCCGGAACUUUCACCUGAACCGCCACCAGGUGAUCCACACAGAGGAAUGUCCCUACAAGUGUUCUGAGUGUGGGAGGGGGUUUCGGAACAGGGCAAAUCUCAUAAGGCAUCGGUGGACGCACACGAGGGAGGGGCUCCCCUACACCAACUGCAGGAAGAGCUCCAAGCACAACUCCAGCCUCAUCACCCACCAGCACAUCCACACUGAGAAGAGGCCCCACAAGUGUCCUGAGUGUGGGAAGAGCUUCAGCUUUAGCUCCUACCUGAUCUGCCACCAGAUAGUCCACACCAGGGAACGGCCCUACAAGUGUGGGGAAUUCACCAACCACCAGCGCCUGCACACGAAGGAACGGCCCUACAAGUGCCUAGAGUGUGAGAAGAGCUACAGCAUCAAGUCCAACUUGAUCCGCCACCAGAAGAUCCACAGUGGGGAAUGGCCCUACGAGUGUCUCAGGUGUGGGAAGACAUUUCAGAGCAGCGCAAAUCUCCUCGUGCAUCAGCGGACGCACACGGGGGAGAGGCCCUUCCACUGCACCGACUGUGGGAAGAGCUUCAGCCAGAAGCCCAACCUCAUCAGACGCCGGCGCGUCUACCACAGGGAGUGGCCCUACAAGUGUCCCAAGUGUGGGAAGAUCUUCGAGCAGAGCUGUGCCUUGACCACACACCAACAGACCCACCGCAGCCCAGGGUGCUCUGAGGAGGAAAGACCCACCCUGUGCCGGGAAGGCGGCCAGAGCUUGAGCUCUGACCUGGAGGUCCAUGAGCAGCUUCACACUGGGAAAAGGCCCUACAAAUGCUUGGAAUGCAUGAAGAGCAUCAGGAAGAGAUACAAUCUGAUCUGCCACCAGCGCAUCCACACUGGGGAAAGGCCCUACAAGUGCUCCGAGUGUGGGAGCAGCUUCAGCCGGCACUUCUGCCUGAUCCGCCACCAGAUCAUCCACACCGGAGAACAACCCUACCAGUGUGGGGAAUGUGGGAAGAGCUUCAAUGACCGCUCCAACCUCAUCACCCACCAGCGCCUGCACUCCAGGAAACAGCCCUACAAGUGCUUGGAAUGUGGGAAGAGCUUCAGCCUGAGCUCUGACUUGAUCUGCCACCAGAAGAUCCAGAGUGGGGAACAGCCCUACAAGUGUCCUGAAAGUGAGAAGAGGUUUCAGACCAGCUCACAUCUCCUGCAUUAGCAGACACACACAGGGGAGAGGCCUUUCUGCUGCACCGACUACGGGAAGAGCUUCAACCACAACUCCCACCUUGUCAUCCACUGGAGAACAAAAAUCGGAUUCCACUUGGGUUGUUCUUCAGGCAAGAAAAAUAAGAAGUUUCCCAGGCUGUUGCUUAAACUGCAGGAGCUGGUUAGACAGCACCAGUUCCUGGCAGCAGAGAGUGUUUCUGAGCAGCUCAAGAGCAGCUCAGCCCAGGGCUGUUCAUCAAGGCUGAGGCCUAAGGAGCAUUUCUCAGAUCACAGGGAAGCCUGGAGGGGUGGGGAUGCACCACCACACCUGGAAAGGUGUUGUCCCAAGGACUUGCACAGCUGGGAGGUGUUUUCAGUCCCAGGCCCCCCCCCCGGUCACCCCCCAAGGUGCUGGACGGCCCUUCAGACCCACCUGAGGCCACCCCCUGUCUCCACACCCUUUGCAGGGCAGCUCAUGGAGCCUCCAGGACAGGAGAUGGUGCCUCUGGACCUGCCUCACAAGGGGCUUCUGCCACCCCUGGGGCCACAGAGGGGACAGGGGCACCCUCAGCUCCUCCUGCCACGAGCUGAUCUGGGACAACACCCCGAGCUCCCAGGGCCUGCACAGGUCCUGCUCCGUCGUGGGCUUUAUCAGGACGCUCCUGUGCUCCUCAAAUAAAAACACAAAAAGCUCAUAAUCCCCCAAGGGCCCAGCAGUCACAGCUCUCCUCAGCAAAGCAAAACUGAUCCCAUAGGAGCAAUUUGUGGAAUAUUUAUAAGGAAAAAAAAUCCAAAAAACAGAACAAGGAUCAACUGACACAGACUAGGAGUACCUGUGGACUCUGCUGCUGAGUCACUGGCAAAUGUAAAGUGUUUCUAUACUUACUAAAACUAUAUAAACCCCCUUAGCAAUGCCCAGCAGGUGUUCUUGGC